AUGCGUGUAUCUAGCGCAAUAAAGACAGCUACUGCAGCACUCUUCUUGGGCCAGACCGUCCAGUCUCUUGCGGUUUCCACCACCCGGGAAGUCGCUGUGCAGCGCGAUGAGAUUCUCAAGGGCCCUCACAUUCACCUCGAGUCUCGGGAUAAGAGAGCCGAUCCAGGACCCAGCCCGUACAAUGAUUCUCAACCCAUUCCGCAAGCUAAUCGCCAUCUCCAGAUUGAAAUUCAAAACCUUCGCAACCGAUCCAUCAAUGCCUACAUCGGUGGAGGGAUGAAAACGGUUAACGGAACAGAGCAAGUGAUGCUACGGACCGAUACUGGCCAGUACUUCCUUCUGAAAAAUGUUGGCGCCAACGAUCCCAACGUUCCAACACCAGUUCCCUCGACUGUUCCUCUCAACAUCAGCAUCCCCGCCAAUGCCACCAAGAAUGUCACUCUACCGGACUAUCUACUCCACGGUCGCGUCUGGAUUGCAGAGGGACACCUCGAGUUUAGAGUCUAUCCGAAUGGUGCUUUUUCUGAGCCUUCAGGAGCCAAUCCGUCUCUUAUGGAGUAUAAUGUCAAGUGGGGCUUCGUCGAGCUCAAUCAUGAUGCGGGUGGAAUCAUCAUUAACCUCUCCUUCGUCGACUGGGUCAGUCUGAGUCUAGGCAUGACUCUGACGUCUUUGGCAAGUGGCGGAACAAACACCGCCAGUGUGCGUGGCCUAGAGCCAGGAGCGAUGGAAAAGAUUUGCGACGGUCUCAACAAGCAAGCCAAUCUAAACGACGCUCUAGGACAGCACGACUGGGACAAGCUGUGCAUCUACUCAAAGGAAAAUACCCUCGUGCGUGUCAUAUCACCCAACAUUGAUGCUAGCAUGCACCGCGUCAACAGCACACUGGUAGACUACUACAAAGAUUAUGUUGACAAGGCCUGGCAAGAAUAUACCGAGCGUGACCUCACGCUCAAUCUACAAGGAGAUGCCGACGGACUGCCCCUGUUGACCCCAGGAGAUGGCAUUGCGACUGUGUGCCGCGUGAACAACGGCACUCGAGCGCUCACUUGCGACAAAGCUCCGGGUCACUCGUAUGCUAAGCCAACAACAUCAGACAUUUGGGGAUGUAAUUCCGGUCCAUUUGUCGUGGGUGCCAUCAACGGAAGCUCAAACUCAUUGAUGCAUAGCCGUAUCAUACCACGACUGUGUGCAGCAUUCACCCGCUCGACUCUUCUUCUAAGCAAUGGUAGCGUGCAACCAUUUUACAAUGAGAGCCAGUACUACACCAACGAUGUCACGAAUCACUACAGUCGCCUUGUACACAAGUACCUCGAUCAGGGCAAGGGAUAUGCCUUUUCGUACGAUGACGUGAAUCCAGAGGGCAUUGAGCACAAUGCAGCUGGAGUUCUUGCGGCAACUCUCCCCACGAAAGUUCACAUUGAGGUCAAGGGGGAUACGGGCAACUGA